AUGACAUCGAUAUUCGAUCAAUUUGAGCAAGCUUCACAAAUUUCCCAGCGGGCUCCACCCGUUUCUGAGCCUAUGACAUCUUCGGGAUAUAUAAACAUGCAAAUGGAUGACAACACGCCUAUGUUUUCGAAACAGAAGAUGAACUUUAAUCCAUCAGAUCUGAUCACACAUGUUGCAGUUGCAAGUGACUAUUUGGUCCUUGCCAUGGCCAAUGGAAAACUUUUUCGGUUGGAUUUAAAAAUGCCUGACCAGCAUGAAGAAAUUCACUAUGCAAAAUUUGUACAACCAAACACAAAGCUGUCUAACAUCUUCUUGGAUCCACUUGGACAGCAUCUCCUACUGGCCUUAUCUCCCAGGAAUAAAGAUGGAAAUCCUGAGCUUGUGUACCUCCAUCGAGCUCGGAGUAAGCUCAAAUCAGUUAGCAAAUCCAGAAAUUAUGAGGUUACAGAGGUGGGUUGGAAUUAUGAAAAUAAAUCCACCUCCACCACUGGACCCAUACUGCUGGGAACCUCACAAGGUCAUAUAUUAGAGACUGAAUUAGAGGCUGAUAAUGACAAAAUGUUCUCUGGCAGUCAGCAGUACUGGAGGCAGCUGCCAAAUUACUUACCUCUUUAUGGAGGCAAGGAAGUUGAUGGACUGAUCUUCGAUAUUGGUAAAGGAACUGAAACACCGAUAACCGGUAUCCAAUUCCAUCGUGUGAACAGUACAACGAAGUAUUUCAUAUUCGUCACAACGCCGACCAGACUGUACCAGUUUAUAGGACACGCCGUCUUCACGGACAACAAGCCUUCACUGCAGACGAUAUUCCACGCGUACCUUACCAUCCCGGAAACAGGUUUCCAGGAGAUUCCGUCAACUUUGAAGUACUCCAGGCUUCAGUUUUAUUUUGACAAGACGGACACGCCGAAGACAUUCGCGUGGCUGACGGAACCGGGAAUUUUUUACGGCCAGUUAGAUCCAACAUCCCAGCAAAACUCAAAUUCGCUGUUUACCCAAGGUGAGCUGAUAAAUUAUCCACCUGAAAAGGGUGAUGCUAAAGAUAAAACUCCUGAGAAAAUAGAGCCUGGGGACAAGACGCCGCUCGCUUUUGUGCUAACAGAGUUCCAUGCAAUUCUGAUGUACUCUGACAAAGUUAAAGCUGUAUCGCUUCUAAACCAAGAGCUAGUCUACCAAGAUACCUACUCCGAAGCGCAUGGGAAACUGAAAAAUAUUGUUAAAGAUCCGGUUCGCAGGACUAUCUGGGCGGUCACAGAUAAGGCUGUAUUCCGAUACAAGGUCAUCCGUGAGGAGAGAAACGUUUGGUCGAUUUAUUCGGAUAAGGAGGAGUUCGAUCUGGCCAAGGAGUACUGCCACAACAAUCCGGCCUUCAUAGACAUAAUUAACGUGAAACAGGCCGGAUUGCUUUUCUCGAAAGGGGACUACGAGAAGAGCGCCGAGACAUUCGCAGACACCCAAAGCAGCUUCGAGACUGUCUGCCUCAAGUUUCUGGAAGUGGAUCAGGUCAACGCGUUGAAGGUCUACCUGUCCAGGCGAUUGGACGCCCUAAACGAUGACGACAAGACGUUGAUAUCGAUGAUCGUAAUAUGGAUGACGGAGUUGUACCUUUCUCAGCUCGGUACGCUACGGCGCACUGGCAAAGAGGACUCUCAGGAGUUCCACCAGAUACAGAGCGACUUCGAAGUGUUCCUUCUCCAACCGAAAGUGGUCAAGUGCAUGCAGCACGUGAAGUCGGUCAUAUAUGACCUGAUGUCCUCCCACGGCGAUAAGCAGAAUCUGAUCAAGCUGACAAUCAUAAACGAGGACUACGAGAACGUCAUAGAGCAGAACAUCCACAAGAAGUCGUUUUUGGAGGCGUUGAAAAUCCUCCAGGGCCUGCAGAGGCCGGACUUGUACUACCAGUUCGCGCCGAUGCUAAUGGAGGACAUACCCAAGCAAAUGGUCAAUGCUCUCAUAGCACAAGGCCCUAGGCUGGUCCCCUCAAAGUUGCUGCCUGCGUUUCUCGCCUGCGAAAACGACGAAGAGCACGUGUCCGAAAUAAUAAGAUACCUCGAGUUCAUGCUGCAGAACUUCAACGUGAAAGACAAGGCGAUACACAAUUACCUGUUGACCUUGUACGCCGAGAAGGACGAGCCCGCACUCAUGAGGUAUCUGUCGAGGCAGGGUCAGGACCUGGCCCUGGUGAAUUUCGACGUCCAUUACGCCUUGAGACUGUGCCACGAGAAGGGUCUCUUAGAAGCCUGUGUGAAGCUAUCAGCACUUCUGGGUCUGUGGGAGGCAGCCGUGGAGUUGGCGCUGGACGUCGACGUGUCGUUGGCCAAGAGUGUGGCCAGUCUGCCAGAGGAGACGGAAAUGCAGCGCCGCCUCUGGUUGACCAUUGCUGAGCACGUCAUCAUGAAAAACCAGGACUUAAAGGAGGCAAUGAGUCUGCUCGAGGAGUGUCCGCUUAUCAAAAUCGAAGACAUCCUUCCCUUCUUCAGCGAUGUGGUCACCAUAGAUCAUUUCAGAGAACCUAUCUGUCAAUCAUUGCAGGAAUACAAUACGCAGAUAGAGGAGCUAAAGGCUGAAAUGGAGGACGCAUCGAAAUCGGCCGAAUGCGUACGCGCCGAGAUCCAGUCGUUCCGCAACCGCAGCGUGAUCGUGUCCGUGUCGGACGCGUGCUGCCUCUGCGACAUCGCCCUACUCCUGCGCCCCUUCUACCUCUUCCCGUGCGCCCACCGAUUCCACAGCGACUGUCUGCUGACCGAGAUACAGCCCACGCUAGGCGCGGCGAAACGCAGCAAGCUGGCGGACCUGCAGCGGCAGCUGUCCGUGCUGAGCGGAAUCGAACUGGCGACCGUCACCUCUAGCGGGCUGCCGCUGCGCGAGGCGCUGAGGAACGAGAUCGACGACAUCGUCGCGGGCGAGUGCGUCUUCUGCGGCGAGUACAUGAUCGCGUGCAUCGACAGGCCCUUCAUCGCCGACGAGGACUGGGAGAGGGUGCUCAAGGAGUGGGAG